UGCGGGCCGGCGGGCGGAGCGGGCCGGGGCUGGGCAAGUUUGCGCGGCGGCUCGUGAGCGCAGGGUGCGGGGCCCGCCGGCCGCUGCGCGCCCGCUGCCAUGGCUUUCCGCAGGAGGACGAAAAGUUACCCGCUCUUCAGCCAGGAGUUCGUCAUCCACAACCAUGCGGACAUCGGCUUCUGCCUGGUGCUCUGCGUCCUCAUAGGGCUUAUGUUCGAGGUCACUGCCAAGACUGCCUUCCUAUUUAUUUUACCUCAGUAUAAUGUUAGCGUGCCUACAGCAGACAGCGAGACCGUGCACUACCACUACGGGCCGAAGGACCUGGUCACAAUCCUGUUCUACAUCUUCAUCACCAUCAUCCUGCACGCUGUGGUUCAGGAGUACAUUUUAGACAAAAUCAGCAAAAGGCUUCAUCUCUCCAAGGUCAAACACAGCAAGUUCAACGAAUCUGGACAGCUGCUUGUCUUUCAUCUCGGCUCGGUGAUCUGGUGCUUCUACGUGGCGGUGACGGAAGGGUAUUUAACAAACCCGAGGAGCCUCUGGGAAGACUACCCACACGUGUACCUCCCCUUCCAGGUGAAGUUUUUCUAUCUGUGCCAGCUGGCCUACUGGCUGCACGCACUUCCUGAGCUGUACUUCCAGAAGGUACGGAAGGAGGAAAUUCCCCGCCAGCUCCAGUAUAUUUGCCUGUACCUGCUCCACAUAGCCGGCGCGUACCUUCUCAACCUGAGCCGCCUGGGCCUGAUCUUGCUGCUGCUGCAGUACUCCACCGAGUUCCUCUUCCACAUGGCCCGGCUCUUCUACUUUGCCGAUGAGAACAACGAGAAGCUGUUCAACGCCUGGGCUGCUGUGUUUGGGGUCACGCGCCUCUUCAUCCUCACUCUCGCCGUGCUGGCCAUCGGCUUUGGACUUGCUCGCAUGGAAAACCAAGCUUUUGACCCCGAAAAAGGGAACUUCAACAACUUACUUUGCAGGCUCUGCGUGCUGCUGCUGGUGUGUGCUGCCCAGGCCUGGCUCAUGUGGCGCUUCAUCCACUCCCAGCUGCGGCACUGGCGGGAGUACUGGAACGAGCAGAGCGCCAAGCGGAGAGCCCCCGCGGCCCCCCGGCUACCAGCAAGGCUCAUCAAGAGGGAAUCUGGUUACCACGAAAAUGGAGUGGUGAAGGCCGAGAAUGGAACCUCCCCACGGACUAAGAAACUCAAGUCUCCUUAAGGCCAAAGUGCUGAGCACAGGAAUGCCCUUGGGGGCCAGCGGGGCAGCAGGACCCCGGCCUCCGUCACUGCCCCCCCUUCCUGCUCCUGACGCUCCAUCAAACAGCAGGAACCUGUCUGUAAACGGGGCUAUUCCUCCUCCUCUCUUCUUGGCUUUCUCUUCCUCUUCCAUACACCAUUCUCAAUAAAAACCAAAAAUCUCCCUCCCCCUCCCCGGGCCACGCCCUGGCUGCAGCUCUGCGCUCUGUUGGGUGUCCUGGACGCCCAGGUUCUCACGCUAGCUUUCUGCUGGCCACCUCUCCUCCUACACCGCUGCUGCUCUCUCUUUUUCCUUCUUUGACCGUCUUGUGCAAUUUUUCUGUGUCUUGAUUUUUGACCAUGAGAGGGAGCGAGGUCCUAGUCCUGGCCGUCCAACCCCAGUGUCGGUCCGGGGCCUGUCGAAGGGCAGAAGCCUCGUGCGAGGAACCUCCGCCCGGCCGGCAACAGCCCCAGUGGUCCCGUGUGGACGGGCAGGAAGAGGGAGACGGCCUCUCGGAUCGCAGUCUCCUAGGUGCUGACUGACUGACGAGGUGUGACUGCAGCUCUGGGCACCGUCUCGAGGCCCCGCCGUGUCGCUGCUCCUGGUGAAUGCCCACGCGUUUGGCUUGGGGACCUGAUGACUGGGUCCAGGAGGAUGGUGUGAACUGUGUCGGGUCCCUGACGAGACAGCUUGCCCGUGGCGGGUCCUGCGUUGGAAACCAGCCUGCCUCGCUCGGCCGGGGAAGCACUGCUGCAGGACAAGGCUUCCCACUCCAGAGCCAGAGCACGUGGCCUGAGCAGCAGGUUCUUCCGGAAAGUGCCGGCGGGGUCAGCCCUGGCCUUUCUUCAGCAGCCCCGGCUGCACUGCUUUUUCAACCGUUCACCAGCAUUCAAAACCAAAUCCCACAGCCUUGAGACCAGCCGGGCCUGUGCUGGUCUAAACCCCAGACCCAGGCAGCCCUGUCGUCCUCUCUCUACCCACAGGCCACCAAGCCCCUGCUGGCCCCGGGCCCCGGGAGGGUCACCUGUGCCAUUCUCCCCAGGCCUCUCUUGUUGUUCUUUGGCAUCGGCACCGUCGUCUGCUGAUGCUUGCUGAGCACACCUGCAGCGCUCUGGAUGGUGUGCACCAGGACAGGCUGCUCAGGUGAGCAGCACAGCUGUGCCGAGCUUUCUGCCCUGUCCCUCGCGUAGCCUGUCCCCUCUCUCCCCAGGCAUGUCCUGAUGGGCCUGGGGGCUCCCACAGAAGGGUGAGGCUCCCAGAGGGCCUGCUUAAGAACUCCUGAGCUCUGCGGUGACGGGAGCCGGUCUUGGUGGUGCAGGAAUGUCAGUGUCAUUUGAUGGGCUGGUUCCCUCUCUGGCGCCACAGUAGAAGCCAAACCUUGGGUUAUCAUCCAAAAGGGAGAGAUGGGUUUUUUCAUCGUGGCCACAACCCUUCUGUGCAUCACUUGCAUCAGAGAUCAAUUUUAAUUUCCCAGAGAAUGAGGGAUCUGUUUCCUAACACCUGUGGGCCCUCAUCGCUGUCAGAUGGCUGAAAAGGAGCAGCUCCCCUUGGCUUUUGGUUACUCUUAGGAAGAGGACAGUGUUUUUGAAAAUAGGCAUCUCUCCCAUCCUUCUCUGACCAUCUCUGGGCUGCAAAGCAGAACCUGGUAAAAGGGUGGCCUGAUGGCUGCUGAUGGCCGGGUGUUCAGCCAGCAGCCUCCUGCACCUGCCCCAGCAGCCAGGCGCCAUCAGGAGGUCCCCGGG